AAAAACCGAAGUGUUUCAAACUUGAACCGUGAAAUGGAACAGAGCACCUCCGACCAUAAAUUCCCGUCAGUGUUACCCAAAAUGUCAUACAUAAUAUUUAUACACCAUGGCUGCAGCUACAGCAUCCCUCUUGCUUCCCAAGCCAUUCAAAUGUCAAAACCCUAAAUCUGUUUAUUCUCAUCCUGCAAAAUUCACAUGCUCUUCCUCCGUCACAACCCAAACACAAUCUGCCAAACAGGACCUUCUGAGCCUAAUUGCAGACCAGGACCGUGGCCUUAAGACCCAGAAUGAUCAACAAAAGCGAUCUCAAAUUGUUGAAGCGAUCGAUGCAAUGGCUGCCUUGGCCGCUGGUUCCGUCACCACUGGUGAUUCCCUCUCGGCCACAUGGAGGUUGCUUUGGACCACGGAGAAAGAGCAGCUCUUUAUAAUUGAGAAGGCUUACUUGUUUGGCACCCAAGCUGGUGAUGUUUUGCAGGUGAUCGAUGUUCAUAAUAGAACAUUGAACAAUGUCAUUACUUUUCCUCCCGAUGGAGUUUUCUUUGUUCGAUCCAAUAUUGAGAUUGCGUCGCCACAGAGAGUGAAUUUCAGAUUUACUAGCGCACUUUUACGUGGGAAGAACUGGGAAAUUCCGUUGCCGCCAUUUGGACAGGGCUGGUUUGACACCGUGUACCUCGAUGACGACAUCCGAGUUGCAGAGGACAUUAGAGGAGAUUAUUUAGUUGUUGAGCGUGCACCCUAUACCUGGAAAGAAUAAGAGUAAUCUUUAAUAUCACUGCAUGCGUAUAUUCAGUAUUCAGUACUGCAAAAAGAAGUGUACAUAUAUAAAUAUUUUAGGGCAUACAUGUAUAAUAGCCACAGGUCUCUUGUGCCCUUAGUGGCAAAUCGUACUUCCUAGAAUAAACUGCCUUACAUCUAUAAAUACCACGUGCCCUGCCACAUUUCAAUACGCAA